CACUCUCCAUGCUAUAUUUUCUGACCUCUGAGCCUCUUUCUGCUAAACGAGCACAGAAAAUAAUGGAGCUCAAAACUCCAUCCAACAAUGGCCAAAGCUCAAACCCUGAACCAAAACUCGAGCCCCCAAACCCUAGCAAUGGCGAAACCCACAAAACCGAUGAAUCCCAUAUCUUCUUUGAAGACAUUGAUAGCACUUGUUCCACUCCGUAUGUUAGUGCACCUUCAAGCCCUGGCCGCAGUGGACCCGUUAGUGGGUUCUUCUACAGUGCUCCAGCUAGCCCAAUGCACUUUGCUUUGACCUCAAAGUCAAGCUCUUUCGCUUCGCCUCAGGGGUCUUCUUCUUCGUUUGACAACACCUCUGUUUCUCUGGGUUUUGAGUUUGAGUUCUCUGCAAGGUUUGGCUCAAGUGGCUCUGGCCAAACAGGGCCUAUGAGCUCAGCUGACGAGCUCUUCUUGAAUGGGAAGAUCAGACCCAUGAAGCUCUCGACCCACCUGGAAAAGCCUCAAGCUUUAGCUCCAUUGCUGGAUCUUGAGUCAGAAAACGAGGAGCAUGAAGCAGAGCUUGAGUUUGAGCCUGUGAGAGGCAGAGAUCUGAGAUUCCGGGACAAGUCUCUGCGUAGAAGAACAAGAUCUAUGUCCCCUCUAAGAAAUGUCCCUUUUGAGUGGGCUCAAAGCGAGAUUGAAACUGAUGAAAAAGGCUGCUCCUUUGUUCAAGAUCUGAAAGGGGGUGGCUUGAAAGAGAGCAAAAAUGAAGGAGAAGAAGAAGAGGAAGAAGUGGAGAGCACAACGACUACACCUUCAGUUUCAGCUUCAACUUCAAGGUCAUCAUCAGCUGGUAGGAACUCAAAAAGAUGGAUUUUUCUGAAAGAUUUUCUUCAUAGAAGUAAAAGUGAAGGCAGAAGCAACCACAAGUUUUGGUCUUCGAUAUCAUUCUCCACUACAAAAGAAAAGAAGCCCAUGAAACAGAGUGCUCAAACUCAGGGCUCUGUUUCAAAAGAUCCCAAAUUUAGCAACCCCUUGAAUUUGAGCUCAGAGGCCCAAAAAUCCAAGGGAAGUGGGUCCGGCGGUUCAGGGAAGAAGCCGGUGGCCGGAAAACCCACCAACGGCGUCGGGAAACGACGGAUGCCGCCGUCUCUCCAUGAGCUGCAUUACACUGCUAAUAGGGCUCAGGCUGAGGAAAUGAGGAAAAAGACUUACUUGCCCUACAGGCAAGGGUUGCUUGGUUGCUUGGGAUUUAGUUCAAAGGGAUAUGGAGCUGCUAUGAGCAAUGGGUUUGCUAGAGCAUUGAACCCAGUUUCUUCAAGGUAAGAUGAAUUAAUGUCAUAUGAUGUGGUUUCAGAGGGAAAUGUAUAGAUUUUUUCGCAACUUCUUUGGUUAUGUGAUCAUCUGUGUAAUUAUUGAAGGCUAGCUCUUUGGAUCCAUCUCUUUUCUUCUGAAAAAGAGAAGCUGCAGCCUUGUCUGUAUUUUGAUGGGUAUGAUGCAAAUUAUGGGAUAAAUUCUUUUAUUCCCAUCUAGAUUGUGUAAGAUGCUUGCCCCUGUAAAUUAUUCUCUGCUGUCACUGCUAGUAUGAUGGAAUCAAUCAAUUUAUAUUUGAUUAUAUU